AUGUCUCAAAAUAAAAAGCGCAAAAUUGAUACCGAAUGCCGUAUUUUUAAUGAUAAUUGGAGUCUAAGUUAUUUUUUUAUCGAGUAUCGAAAUAAAGCUAUGUGUUUGAUAUGCUACGAAACCGUGGCGGUCUUUAAAGAAUUUAAUAUUAAAAGACAUUAUGAAAGUAAACAUCAAAACAAAUACGUCAAUUGUAAAGGGAAUCUUAGAACUUCUUUGUUAGAAAAAUUCAAACAAAAUUUCAAAAGUGAACGCGUCGGAAAUGUAUUUGAAAAAUAUAAUAGAGGUAAAGAUGAGAUUAUUCGAGCAAGUUAUGAAGUAGCUAACCUGAUAGCUCGCGAAAAUAAAAGUUUUAGUGAUGGCGAAUUUGUAAAAAAAUGUAUCUUGGCAAGUGUAAAAGAAAUUAUUCCGGAAAAAAUGUCUGUAUUCGAGAAUAUCAGUUUGUCUCGAAAUACUAUUACUAGGCGGGUAGAAGACAUUGGAGGUGAUUUAAUGACGAAGUUACAAAUAAAAUCGAAAACGUUUACAUUUUUUUCUUUAGCUUUGGAUGAAAGCACUGAUGUGUCAGAUACUGCACAAUUAUUAAUAUUUAUACGAGGAAUAGAUACAGAUUAUAAUAUAACAGAAGAACUUGCUUCAUUAGAAAGUAUUUCUGGAACUACAAAAGGUGCUGAUAUUUUUGAAAAAGUGAAUUGUUGUAUUGAAAAUUUAGGACUGACCUGGGAAAAACUUUGUAGUAUUACAACAGAUGGAGCUCCAAAUAUGGUUGGGCGAAAUACGGGAUUAGUUGGGAGGAUAGCUGAGUUAACAACUUCAAAAAUGAUUGAAACACCUAUAUUUUUACACUGUAUUAUUCAUCAACAAUCUCUGUGUGGUAAAAUUAUGAAUUUGGAACAUGUGAUGAAUAUUGUUACAAAAACAGUGAACUUCAUUAGAUCGCACGGAUUAAAACAUAGACAAUUUAUAGAAUUUUUAAAUGAAAUUGAAUCGGAACAUAAAGAUGUUUUGUAUCAUAACCAGGUUAGGUGGUUAAGUCGAGGAAAAGUAUUAAAACGUUUUUUUGACCUUCGGCAGGAAAUUCAAAUAUUUAUGAUAGAAAAAAAUAAACCAGUAGAAGAAUUUGAAAACGAACAAUGGAUGUACGAUCUUGCUUUCUUAACUGAUAUUUCUGCUCAUUUAAAUGAAUUAAAUCUUAAACUUCAAAAACAAUCAAAAACUAUUUUCGAGCUUAUAAGUGAUGUAAAAUCGUUUGAAAUAAAAUUACAACUUUUUAAAAACCAAAUAUUAAAGCAAAAUUUGUUACAUUUUAAAACGUGUCAAGAAAUUAAACAAAAUUCUUUAAUUGACGUUCCGACAAAUCAUUUUGUGAGUAUGUUGGAACAAUUAUCAAAAGAAUUUGAAAACCGUUUCCAAGAUUUCAAAUCACAUAUGACUUCAUUUCGGCUGAUUGAAAAUCCACUUCUGUCUGAUGAAAAUAAUGUUCAUGAAAAUAAUGUUCAUGAAAAACAAAUAAUCAUUUGA